CGCCGCAGCGGCGCCACUGCGCUACCAAAUUCGAUUUUGACAGCUGGUCGAUUGUUGUCAUGGGGGACGCAAUUGUGUUAUUUUAAGCUUAUCGGUGUUGUUUUUUCGAAUAUUUAGUGCCUGAAGUCGAACGUCAACCUUACAGUAGAUAACGAACGCAAUUUUUUCAUGACAAGAUGAGCAGCACGCACCAGUACAUGCAAAAUUCGAGCUCGAAGAACUCCACGGUAGUAAGGUUAGGAGACAUCGAACACUUGUCACAGCUGUCCGAGAAUCUCUCGUCGUUGUGUCUGAGUCACGAAUACUCGGACAUCACGCUGAUCGUCGAGGGGCAGAAGCUCUACGCCCACAAGGUGAUUUUAGCUGCACGUAGCGAAUACUUUCGAGCACUGCUGUAUGGGGGGCUGAAGGAGUCCAACCAGUCGGAAAUCGUCCUGCCGGACGCCCCAGUCAAAGCCUUCAAGAUCCUCCUCAAAUAUAUUUACACGGGUUACAUGUUUCUGAUGACGUUGAAGGAAGACGUAAUUUUGGACACUUUGGGCCUGGCGCAUCAGUACGGCUUCCAGGAUUUAGAAACAGCAAUAUCUGACAUUCUAAAGCAAUUACUUGCCUUACGGAACGUUUGUGCGAUUCUGGACACUGCUCACUUGUACGGGUUGGAAAAACUAGUCGAUGUUUGUCACGUGUUUCUAGACAGACAUGCCUCGGAGAUAUUAACGCACGAAUCUUUUCUACAGUUGUCGCAGGCGUCGCUCGUCGAACUGCUCCAAAGAGACUCUUUCUUCGCCCCCGAAGUAGAGAUUUUCCGCGGCGUUUGUAAUUGGUGCAACGCCAACCAUGACAAAGACGAUCUCGUGAUGAAGUGUGUAAGGUUACCAUUAAUGAGCGUUGCUGACUUACUUUCUGUCGUAAGGCCUGCCGGGUUGGUGAAACCGGACGCUCUUCUGGACGCGAUCGCCGAAAGGACGAACGUCCGAUCGAGUAGUUUACCGCAUCGGGGCCAACUAAUUCUGGAGGAAAACGUGGCGUCGCCUCGAAUGGGCUCGAAGGUCGUGGCCGGAGAACUCCUCGAAUAUUUACUCGACGGAGAUUACUACACUUACGACAUGGAGAAGGGAUACACGAGGCACCCGAUCAACGGACCGGGGGACCAAGGGAUCAUCAUCAAGUUGGGGACUCCGAGUAUCAUUAAUCAUAUCCGGAUGUUGUUGUGGGACCGGGAUUUGAGGUCGUAUUCGUACUACAUUGAGGUAUCCGUAGAGCAAAAAGACUGGGUGAGAGUCGUCGACUAUAGUCACUGUUCGUGUAGGAGUUGGCAGUACUUGUAUUUCGAGAAUCGGGUUGUUCAGUUUAUCAGGAUAGUGGGGACGCAUAACACGGUCAACAAGAAGCCUAAACGCAGCUCGCCACGCUCACGUGUUUUCCAUUUGGUCUCUUUCGAGGCUUGUUGCAAACCAUCCAUUCCCAAAAUGGUGAACGACAUAAUAUGUCCGAAUUACAACGUAGCGACUUUGGAUAAAAGCGCCGUGGUCAUAGAGGGCGUUAGCCGCUCUAGGAACGCCCUCUUGAACGGCGACACCAAACACUACGAUUGGGAUUCGGGAUAUACGUGUCACCAGCUCGGCUCCGGAGCGAUCCUGAUCCAGCUAGGUCAGCCGUACGUCAUCUCCAGCCUGCGCCUGCUGCUCUGGGACUGCGACGACCGCACCUACAGCUACUACAUCGAGUCGUCGGUGAACGUGUGGGACUGGGAGAUGGUGGUGGACUACACUCGGGAGGACUGCAGGUCCUGGCAGGUGGUGCGGUUCCCGCCGCGGCCGGUGGUGUUCAUCCGCAUCGUGGGCACGCGGAACUCCGCCAACGAGGUGUUCCACUGCGUGCACUUCGAGUGCCCGUCGUGCGAGGAGCAGGGGUCGGGCGGCGGCGCGAAGCCGUCGAGCUCGGCGAGCAAAACCGCCACCCCCGAGAAGGACGUGAGCAUGCAGACGGCCGAGAUCGCCACCGAGGCCGAGGAGAUGCUCUCGGACGACGACAAAGUCUGAGGCAAGGGGUUGCGCCACUUUUUUAUCAACUUGUUUUUGUACAUUUCGUUUACAAUAAUGAUUGGUUCGAGUUUUUAUUUUAUAUUGUUUAUGUUUUUCGUGUUUUUAUAAGGAUUAACAAACUAACGGGGAUACUGAUAUUGGCGAGAUGUGAUAUAGUACCUUGUCAUUAUUGUGGUUGCGUUUGUUUGAGGUUCUCGUGGGCGGAAUACUUGUGAUAUUGUUGGGAGAAUGUUGCGUUUUCAAAGGUAGCAAUAAUUUAUCGAAAAUGACUAUGUAGAAGUAGGAGUUUUAACGGUGUGAACAUGGAGAUGUUGCAUGUGUUAAGAGGAGCAACUGGAUACUUGCAGAAGAUUGAUUAUGUAACUGGUGAUAUGUUUGAAUUUUGUAUAUUAUAUUGUUACAAGAAAUGUGGUAUAUUUUCCUCUCAUGACACGUAUUUCCUAAUAAACUAAUACGCUGCA